AUGUUGACUAACUCUUCCUCUUCUGCGCAGCCACUAUGCCAUGAAGAUGAGAGUUCAUCCUUGCUGCAGUUCAAGCAUAGCUUUUUUAUUAACAAGUCUGCUUCAGGUGAUCCUUCAACUUAUUCAAAGGUUGAUUCAUGGAAGAAGCUCGAAGGAAAAAGCAGUGACUGCUGCUCAUGGGAUGGUGUCGAGUGUGACCACGACACUGGUCAUGUGGUUGGCCUCGACCUCAGCAGCAGUUUUCUCUACGGUUCUAUAAACUCCAAUAGUAGCCUCUUCAACUUGGUUCACCUUCAGAGGCUGAAUCUUUCCGGCAAUCACUUCAAUUAUUCUCAAAUCCCACCUAGAAUGGGAACACUUUCAAGGCUAACAAGUCCAGACCUAUCCUACUCUGUAUUUUUCAGUCAAAUCCCUUCAAAUAUCUCAUGUCUUGCAAAGUUGGUUUACCUCGAUCUCUCUGGAAAUGCUCUGAAACUUGAAAAGCCCAAUUUGGAAGACCUAGUUCAAAAUCUUACUAACUUGAAGGCACUUGACCUCAGUUGGGUCAAUGUAUCUUCUACAGUGACUCAUGCUUUGUCAAAUAUGUCUUUACUAACAACUCUUUUUCUUGAGAGUUGUCAGUUGUAUGGUGAAUUCCCAAGAACCAUAUUGCAACUACCAAACCUUCAGAUUCUAAGCAUAGCAAACAAUAGUAAUCUCACUGGUAAUCUGCCUGAAUUUCACCGUAGUAGUCUCCUAAAGAAAUUGUCAUUAAGGGGGACGGGGUUCUCCGGAAUGGUACCAGAUUCAAUAGGUAACCUUGAAUCCAUAAGUUAUUUGGAUUUGACAGGAUGCAAUUUUUCUGGGAUGCUUCCAGCUUCGCUCGGUAGUGUGACCAAACUCACUUAUUUGAGCCUUUGUGUGAACCAAUUUGGGGGCCAAAUUCCUGAAUCGUUGGGAAACCUAUCACAACUAACUUUCUUAUGCCUUGGUAAAAAUAAUUUUGAUGUACCAACCUUACCUUUGACACUGGUUAAGCUAUCCAAACUCACUGUAUUAUACAUUGCAGAUAUGAAAAUACGUGGUGAGAUACCGCAGUGUCUAGCAAACCUGACCCAGCUAUCCUAUUUGUCUAUCAGUUCAAAUGAAUUAGUUGGUCAAAUUCCAUCUUGGCUUAUGAACCUCACCAAAUUAACUACUCUAAACCUCUAUGAAAAUCAACUACAUGGCAUGAUUCCAAGCUCAAUUUCUCAGCUCAAAUAUCUUGGAGAACUUAAUCUUCAUUCAAACAACUUGAGCGGUAAACUGGAGCUAGACAUUCUUUUAAAGCACCAAAACCUUUUUCGGUUGGAAUUGUCAAUGAACAAAUUAACAGUGUUUACAAAAAAUAUUACCAAUGCUACUCUUCCGAAGUUUCUUGUUCUAGGAUUGGAAUCAUGUAACAUGAAAGAGUUCCCCAAUUUCCUGCAGUUCCAGGAUGAAUUGAAGAUGUUCUAUUUUGCUGAUAACAAAAUUCAGGGCGAAAUACCAACUUGGUUUUGGAACAACACUAAAGAAUCUAUGGAAGAUGUCGAGCUUCAAAACAACUUUCUGACAGGUUUUGAACAGCAUCCAGAUGUCAUUCCAUGGCAGUCAGUAAUAUCUUUAGACCUCAGUUUUAAUAAACUACAAGGAUCACUACCAAUUCCACCACCGUCCACCAUUGUUUAUUUGGUCAAUGGUAACUCAUUAUCCGGAGAAAUUCCACCAUCAAUGAUCUGCCACAAUAGUUCUCUUCAAAUUCUUGAUCUGUCUGAUAAUAACUUGAGUAGCAUAAUUCCUAAAUGUUUGUCCAGUUUUAGUGAUUCUCUGUUGGUGUUCAAUUUAAGUCGCAACAAUUUUCACGGCACUAUUCCUCCCAUGAUGGGGAUCAACUUGAAGAUGAUUGAUCUAAGUCAAAAUCAUUUACAUGGGUUGGUGCCAAGAUCAUUGCAAAAUUGUAUGAUGCUUGAGAUUCUUGUUCUUGGAAAUAAUCAGAUGGAGGAUACUUUUCCCUCUUGGUUGGGAGCUCUUCCUAUGUUACAAGUUCUUAUUUUGCGAUCUAACAGAUUUCAUGGUGCCAUUACUGUUUCUAAAACGAAUAUAAAAUUUCCAAUGUUGCGCAUUAUUGACCUCUCUGACAAUGGUUUCUCAGGUAACUUACCUUCAGAAUACUUUGAAAACUGGAAUGCAAUGACAAUGAUCAAGAGAGAAAAUUUAACAUAUAUGCAGGCAAGUAAUGAAGUUUUAGUGACAACAACUAUAAAUUCAAGAUUGAAAGGCAUAAUUUGGAGUGUGACGCCUUACAUGUAUUCAGUAACAAUGGAUGACAAAGGCACACAUAGAUUAUACACGAAAAUCCAAAAGGCCUUCAUAGCUAUUGAUUUGUCAAACAACAAAUUCGGAGGGGAAAUUCCUGAAUCUCUUGGAAGGCUCAAAGGGCUUCAGAUGUUAAACCUUUCCAACAACAAUCUCACUGGUGUCAUCCCAUCAUCGUUGGCAAAGUUGACCGAGCUGGAAUCAUUGGACCUUUCGCAGAACUUGCUCUCAGGAGAGAUCCCUCAGCAACUAAUCCAACUCACUUUCCUUGAAGUCCUAGACGUUUCUCAUAACCAUCUCACUGGUCGUAUUCCUCGUGGGAAUCAGUUUGAUACAUUUGAAAACAAUUCAUAUGAUGGGAAUUCUGGGUUGUGUGGCUACCCUCUAUCGAAGUUAUGUGGAAAUUCAGACGCCUCACCACCACCAUCUUUCAGCUUUCAUGGUGAUGAUUCAAAGUUUCCAAGUGGUGUUGUUGACUGGAUUAUCAUAUCAUUGGGUUAUGGUAGUGGGCUAAUAGUUGGGUUGGUUAUUGGGCACACUCUGACCACAAGAUUCCAUGGUGCCAUUGAGAAUCUUAAAGCCAAUCUAAAGUUUCCAAACUGGUGCAUCAUUGACCUCUUUCACAAUGGUUUCUCAGGGCAAAUUCAGAAAGCUCUUGGAAGUCUUUGUAGGCUUAAGGUGCUAAGUAUUUCCAACAACAGUCUCAUUGGAAAAAUCCCAUCAUCAUUGGCAAAUCUAACAGAGCUAGAAUCAUUGGAUCUUUCUAGAAACCUGCUCUCAGGAGAGAUCCCUCCACAGCUGUCCCAACUCAGUUUCCUUGAAUUCCUGAAUGUUUCUCAUAAUUAUCUCACAGGCCCUAUACCUCAAGGGAAACAAUUUGAUACAUUUGAAAACAACUCAUCUCUUGGGAAUUUCGAAUUGUGUGGUAAGCCUUUGUCUAAGUUAUGUGGAAAUUUAGAGGCCUCAACACCACCACCAUUGAGCUUUCGAGGCGAUGAUUCAAAGUUUCCAAGCAGUGUUGACUAG